AUGCACCUCCACGACACAGACACUGACACCGCGGCCCACGAGGUUUGCAUUACUGGCCUGGAAAGGGAGUUGGCUACACUCAAUCAAGAUCUGCUCCACAUGGCGUCUAUGGAGGACCACAGACGUUGGAAGUACGUUAUUAUCCAGGGCUAGCUGAGAGUGUUAGGGCAGCUGAAAUCGCCCAUCACAUUCUGAGACUGCUUAGAAGUUUAUUCUCCCCUAAACAAGCCAAGGUUAUGGCUCUAGAUGGAUGCUACCGGCUACCUUCGUCACAGGCUGCCUCCACCGGAACUAGAGGAGAUGUUACAGCAGCUUCUGAGGCGGCUUGUGUUCCCACCCAUGGAAAUAGGGCCGCAACCACCAGCGCAAUCUAAACAGCUGACUACCUGGUAUGUGACCACGGUGUGCCCAUUUUUGGCGCCCGUUCAAAGCAGAAAUCCCGCUUCCGCAGAGAUCCCUUGA